AUCUUAGGAAAGCUGAUGAAGCACAAAUGGGCAUGGGUGUUCAACUCGCCUGUUGACGUGGCAGGUUUAGGGCUUCAUGACUACUACCAGAUCGUGAAGAAACCCAUGGAUCUUGGUACGAUCAAAUCCAAUCUGGAAAAGGGUUUCUAUGGAUCACCGUUAGAUUUUGCUUCCGAUGUUAGAUUGACCUUCAACAAUGCAUUGGCUUACAACCCUAAGGGUCAUGACGUGUAUUUUAUGGCCGCGAAGCUUCUGGCUCAAUUCGAUGGAAUGUUCGACCCUGCGUGCAAGAGAUUCGAAGCACAGCAGCAUAAAGUUACCGAAUCAUCGUCCCGCCAUGAACCCGAGUUCAGGCAAAGAACCUUGAAUCAGAAUCAGAUGGCGGAAAAUGUAAGAAAAGGACCUGAACAGAUUUCGAUUGCCAAGAAGCUAGAUUCAGUGAAGCCACAGCUUACAUUGCCGGCUCCCGUAGUGGAACCGCCACGUUCACCGUCUCCGCCACAGCAGCCGCCGCCACCAUCUCAGCAUCAGCAGCAGCAGAAUCGUCCGGUCAGUCAGGUCGAAGCACCACCAGAUGAGGGUGGGGCAACGACAGUACGCAAGGGGAAGCUGCCGAAGCCCAAGGCUAAAGACCCAAACAAGCGGCUGAUGACAAUGGAGGAGAAGGCGAAACUUGGACUGAAUCUACAGGAUUUGCCUCCUGAGAAACUCGGCCAGUUGGUUCAAAUUCUUAGGAAGAGGAACAGACAUCUGGCCCAAGAUGGAGACGAAAUCGAGCUAGAUAUCGAAGCCAUCGACAAUGAGACUCUGUGGGAACUCGAUCGUUUCGUGACAAAUUACAAGAAGAUGGUGAGCAAGAUCAAGCGUCAAGGGUUUAUCCGGAAUAACGUAUCAACUCCCCCGAGAAACAACCUGCCUCCGGUGACAGAAAUGGGCAGUGCAGAGAAGAAGGGGAAGAAAGGGGAUGCAGGGGAAGACGAAGUGGAUAUAGGAGAAGAUAUACCGAUUGAGAAUUACCCAUCUGUGGAGAUCGAGAAGGAUGGUACAGCCGCAGCUGCUAGUAGUGGGUCUAGUUCUUCAGGCAGCUUAAGCUCCAGUAGCAGUUCCUCUUCUAGUGGUUCGGAUUCAAGGAGUUCAUCGGGUAGCGAUUCGGAUGCAGAUAGCGUGCAAUCACCAUGUGUGGAGUCAAAAGAAGCUCGAUGACAAGUCUCUGUCUUGCUUGCCGGUUUCUUUGUCAGAGGUGUUGAGGAGAGGUAAUUCCGGUCCUCUUCUCACAAGUAAACACAAGGCUUUGUAGUGUCAGCAACAAUCCCACAAGAAGGAGGAGUUGGUGGGUGGUGUGUAAAGAUAGGAAAUGAAUGGGACAGUGAAUUAGUAAGUAGUAGUAGUAGGUUUAUUUUUUUUAUAUUUUAUUUACGAAAUCCUUUAGGUAGUAGUAAAUAGUAGAAAAUGCAAUGGGUAGAUAGUGAGUUUCAAAAGCAAGAAGCAGAAGAGUUCUUUUUUUCCCCCUUUCCAGGUUUAGGUUUUAAGUUGGUGGUGGUGACAUGAUGAAGAUGAACAACGGGGUGAGGGAGAGUUUUUUUUUUUCUUUUUUUCUUUUUUUCUUUUUUCUUUUUGUUAGUUUUGAUCCUCAAUCUGUGGGGUUAGGGAAGAGUUUAAACAGGUGUGAAUGGAUUGUGUUAGUGAAAGAAACAACAGUGGUUAACUUCCUCUC